AUGAAAAAGUGUGACGAGAAUCCUCACCUCGAGAGAUUACAAAGUGCAACAUCAAUGGGUACACGAGCGGCUACAAUUGUGUUAACGGGAGCUGCUGUACUGAUUGGGACAAGAGCUAAAUUGUGUUCAUCUAUGGCGGAAAGAGAAAAACCAAAAACAGAGCUAAAUUAUAGACCGACGCAGACGCCAUCUGUAACGACCAGUUGGUUGCCACGUUCGUCAGAGUGUGGUGUUUGGUCGGAGAGCAAGAGUCCGACAGAAUAG